GCUCUGGCGUGUAGAGAUGGGCUUUUUACUGUGAAUUUUCACACGCGCCUGUCUGGAGGAAAGCGGUGAUCGUCUGCCAGCGGAACGGUGACAUUUUGCGACUCGCACUACCUGCGUGGAGUGGGGACUGCGUUAAUGGCUCCGCCACCGGUCUACGGGUUUUUUGACAGCGUGGAGCGUUCUGUAGGUGGGAGCCGGUUAUUUCAAGCGGUUUGAACUGCGGGCGGUUUCCAUGGUUUCUCGCACCGAGUGGAGGCCGAUCUCCUAGAGGGAGGGAGAGAGAGACGGAGAGAGAGAGAGAGGGAGUGCGUUUCAACAGAGCGUGGGUAGCCAGGGACACCACAGACGCACUCUGGAGUGUGUUCACCGGCGUUUUUAUUUCACAGCUAAAAUCCUCUGUUGGAACGAUCCGGAGAUUAACGUCUUGACAUUUUGGUGGUUCACGUCACGCCGACCGGCUCCCGAUUGCAGCCCAGAUUUACUGGACACAAGCUGCCAAAAUUUGAAUUGCUCAGACUUUUUCAGCUGCGCCCGUUUUGGGAGGCCCGCGUGGGCGUCUGGCCUCCGCUCUACGUCCUCCGGGGUACGGUGAUCAUCCUCCAUCGGUCGACCAUUUCACACACGACCGUCUGAAGGACCGCUCUCUCUCUGAAGAUCUAGGAUCGGCUGUCAGAGGAACAAAGAGGAGGCGUCGCCGAAACGCAGAGGAUGAGUGACAUGGAGACUGAGGAGGCAGUUGCCGUGGCGACCGAGAACAACAGCAGCAUGGCAGGGACGGACAGGAGCUCCUCCCUGCCCUCGGCCCCCGGUGAGGAGAGUCUGCAGGAGGAGCCAGGCUCCGGGGCCCCCAGGGGCCAGCAGGAGGUGCCGGAGGGCCGGGGAGGAGGAAACCCAGAGCUGGAGGAGGAGCUCGAUGACCCCGCCCCCCUGGAGGAGCAGGUGGAGGACGAGGAAGAGGAGGUGUCUUCAGAGGAGGAGGAGGAGGAAGAGGCGAGAGAGGCCAAUAAGGAGAAUGUAACGACUCCCCAACCGAAAGAACACAGCGGAGGUUUCCAUGACAACACGGCUGGCAACCACAGGAACGCGGAGAGCAGUGGGAACGCACGCUCUCCGGAGGCAGAGGAAGCGGGCGGGGCCUCCCGGCAGGAGGACAGGGAGGCGCAGGACAGGAGGGAGAAGCGGCGGGAGGCCGAGGAGGAGCUGCAGGACCUGAAGAAGAGGAGGGAGGAGAGGAGGAAGGUGCAGGAGGAGGCGGAGAAACAGAGGAAAUGGGAAAUGGAGGAGAAGAAAGCCAGGGAGGAGGAGGAGAAGAGGAGGAUGAAGGAGGGGAUCGACAGGAGGAGGGCGGAGGCCGCGGAGAAGAGGCAGAAGAUGGAGGGGGAAGCAGGGAAGCGAUUCACCUGCGUCACUCCGAGGGGGUCGGCCCUGAAGAUUGGGGACAGGGCAGAGUUCUUGAACAAGUCUGCCCAGAAAAGUACAGUGAAGAUGGGGCACACGCCAAUCAUCUCCAAGAUCGACGACAGACUUGAGCAGUACACCACUGCCCUGCAGUCCCAGAGGGAUUCUCGGCCCCUGCGGCCCGCUCUGGACCUGCCCGUGGUGACGGAGGGGAUCCGCAGCCUGAAGACGCGCUGGGAGGAGGGGGACACGUACGGCAGCGUCAACAUCAACAAGGAAUCGGCCCAGGUGAAUAUCGGCGUGGCGGGGCUCAUCAGCGACUGGCUCAGCAAGACCCCUGAGGGCCCCAAGUCCCCCGGAGUGGCCCCUGCUGACCUGAAACCUGGUGAUGUCACAAACAAGCGCAGCCUAUGGGAGAACAGGAGCUCCCCAGCGAACACACCCCCCGGAGACGCCAGCAAGCCCGUCGCCAACGGAAAGACCCCGGUUUGACCGCUGCACAUUCAGAAUUCGGUUUCCAAGCGUGAACGAUGGUUUUGCUGCUCAGGUCUGGGGUUGCUAAGCGGAUCCACGACGUUGGCUUCGCUUCAGGGCACAUCACCCAAACUGUUCCCCGACGCCGCAAAAGGAAGAAUUUGUGGAAAUGUAUUUAAAAGUUACCCUCCCGGAAUUCACGCGUUUCUUUACCCCGCCUGUAAGCACAACAACAACGGAAAUACGAGCUGCGCGCUGUCAUGGAAACGAGUGAUGACCGUUCUACUUUCUCAGAUAUGAAACGGCCAGCCCUUGCAACCGUUAAAUCUGCAGAGCAACUGUAAUCCAGUGUAAUACCCUGGCAUUCUCUAAACAUAUGCGGCCAUAAUUAUUUAAAUAACUUGUUGAAAUGAUAUUAACUGUGCCUGGAAUAAAUGAAACGGAACACAUACCAGAGACAGUACAGGAUCUCUCUUCUAAGCUCUUUGCACAUACUACACAACACAGCUUGCGCAACACACUAAACAUUCCCCAGUCUUGAUGAAUCUAAAAGCCUAACUAAACCGUUCCACAUUUACAUGUGCUUCAGGUGUGAUGGGACCGUUUGAAUUGUCGUUUAUUCACAUUCGUUUUAUGAAGUCAUGUAUGUAUUGUACAGGCAUCAAGUUAUGUGAGGUGCAUUUCGGGCUGGUUAUUGUUUCUGUGUUAUUGGUACGCACACUGUCGCAGAUGGCUUCAUACAAGACCAAUGCUACGUCAACGUUGUAUCAUUGAUUCUGCAAGGUGAAUAAAUGUAUACAUGCCUACAA